UUGAAUGUGAAAGAGCGCGGCGCGUCGCGCAAGGCUGCCGGCCGCGAGGUGAGACAGGCUAGCGGCAAGACGGCGGCGAGUGAGAAGCCGAGAGCGAAGGGGGGAGGGUGUUGCAACCGGCGGUGCAAGCGUGCAGCAGCGGCGACGCCGCACCGAGCCAGCCUGCAUACUUGCAUACACACUCACACGAACAAACACUCUGACCUUCGUUACUGUACCGCGUACACUGUACACUCUACGUCGUCAUCGAUUCACUAUAAGAAUUUUGUCUUUGUUACGGAUACCCAGCUAAAGAGACUGUUCAUACUUGUCACCGGCCGGCGUCAAACAUACGUCGGUCGUAUAAAAUUUGCACAGUUCGAUACAGUUUCUACGGCAAAAAAAAUUAUAGUCGCCACCGAAGAGAAUGUACUAGCAGCUCUUCAUUUAAAGACUGGUGAAAUUGUCUGGAGACAUGUAUUUGAAAGUGAUUCGUCGGGUAACAUACGUUUGCUGCAUGUGGGAGACAAGAUCACCACCGUGACCGGAGAUAACCCAUACUUAGUCAGGGGAUGGGACUCGGCCACAGGUGUACUGAUGUCGGAGUGGUCUCUCACGAUGCAAGAUGGAAGUAGAGCUGAGUUCUCCGAGUUCUGGGUACAGAAUGGUUUGCUCGUACACAUGGUGCCCAUCUACCAUUCACAUAUCGAAGUCACUAUGUACAAUUUAAUGACGGGAAGCAACAGGGGUGCUACAUCUAAGUUACCGGCGAGCUGGAUUGAUCCCGGGCAAGUUAUUAGCAUUUGUCUCUUCACUGCCCCCUAUUACACUUGUGUUUCGCGUGAUACUCCAAGUAGAAUGUUAUUAUCGAUAAAUGUCACAUCGAAUCCCAUACAAGUGAUAAGAAGAUCUCUAUCAAGCAUCAUGCAAGGUGCCCCUGGCCAUUUGCGUGCAUUAGACGGUAACAGCGUGAUCCCUGGCUUGAUAGUCGAAGACAAGAAGAUAGUGCUGUUUAAGAAUAACGAUUUUAAAGUUUUGAACACCGAUGUUCCACAUUACAUAGCAAGUGCGACUGUCGCUGACACUGCCAGAGGGCCUGUCGUGAUGCAGAUACAGAGUUCUAGAGGCUACCACCUCAUAGCGCACACACUGUCUGGUGAAUUAGUACCAGAAGUACACAGCCCUGAUUCAUUCUAUGAUAUUGAAGAACCAGAGUUGUUAGCGGUGACUUGUGCACGUGAUCAGCUGGCCUGCCGCUUGCUCAUGAACACUGUUGACGAGGCUGUACAUUUAGUACAACAAGGAGGUGUAAUAUUAUGGAGCCGUGAGGAGUCCCUGGCUAAUAUUAAAAGUGUGGAGUUCGUUGACCUUCCAGUGUCAGAGGCUGAUGCUGCUCUUGAAUCAGAGUUUGAUCAGAAAGAAGGCUCCGUGUGGUGGUCGUUCGUGCGUCGCCUGCAAUCACAGGUCCAGCAGCUACAAGUGCUGGUGGAGCGUCUCCGGAGCGGCGAGGUGUUGGAGCAAGGACCCGCCUCACUACACAGGGACUACUUCAACCUGCAUAGGAUCAUGGUGCUCGUCACUGAAGCCGGGAAGAUAUUCGGUAUGGACAACCUGUCAGGGUCGCUGGUGUGGAAUCUGUACCUGCCGACACUCUCCGGCGCGAGGACCAUACUAACGAGACGAGCGGCGCGACACCCGCACACAGCCAUGAUCACCAUAGUCGGCACACACGCGGACACAGGCAACGGUUACAUAGUGACCCUUGACCCUAUCACUGGAAGGAUCGUCCCCGAACACACCGUCCAACUUGACCUCGGGAUACUGCAGUGUAUGACGCUCCAGGAGACAGGAGACGACCAGCUGAGAGCUCUCGUUAUACUGGACGAGGACGAGGCUGUGCAGGUAUACCCGCCGUCCGCCGCCUCUCUCGUACACAACGUGCACAUGUAUGUAGCGGACCCGGACACGGCCAUCGUCAAGGGGUACGCGAUCAGAUAUAACGGGAGGGAGGUAGUGUCGGAGCGUACCUGGUCUUCGUACCUGGGCGGGUCUCGGCUGGCUCGUAUCGUGUCCGUGUCGUCACGGUCCCGUCUGGAGCGCGUGAGGUCCCCGGGCCGCGCGCUCGCCGACCGGAGCGUGCUCUACAAGUACUCGAACCCCAACUUGGUGCUGUUCGUGCUCGAGAAAACUGAUCCCACACAUAAAGAUGUGGUAGUGUCGGUUGUAUUGGACGCGGUGACGGGCGCGGUGGUGGGCGCGUCCUCUCACAGACGAGCGCGCGCCCUGCCCCUGGCUGUACACGCUGACAACUGCUUCGCUUACAUGUACAGGAGCGAUAAACAUCGACGGGUCGAGAUAGCCACUAUGGAGUUGUACGAGGGUAAGGACCGCUGGUCUCCUGCCGGCGAGCCCUUCAGUUCGUCGGCCAGCUGGCGCGCGCCCGUAGUGGAGCGUCAGGCGUACAUCCUGCCCGCGCUGCCAACAGCCGCUGCGUUCACCAUCACUGAGAGAUCGCUCACGGACAGACACGUGUUAUUGGGUCUGUCAUCGGGCGGCGUGGUGGAGGUGCCGUGGUCGUUCCUGGAGGCUCGUCGCGGCGCGGUGGGUGAGGAGUCUGUGCUGCCCUACCUGCCCGAGCUGCCGCUGCCCGCCGAGCGCGUGCUGUCCUACAACCUGACGCUGCCCCGCCUGGCCGCGCUGCACACUUCGCCCGCCGGACUAGAGUCCACCAGCCUCAUGCUGGCCACCGGACUGGAUCUGUUCUACACGCGAGUGGCGCCCUCUCGCACGUUCGACCUGCUGAAGGACGACUUCGACUACUACCUCAUAACGAUAGUGUUGGCAGCGCUCGUGCUAGCCACGUACGGCACCAAGUACCUCGCUUCAAGGAAGACGCUCAAGAUGGCCUGGAAGUGA